CAUGUUUCUUGUGCAUGCUGUUUGUAAACAGUAGAAUACAGUGGUGAAGAGAUGCCAAAUGUCACACAUCAGGAAAAAUGAUCCCCACUAACUGUCACUACUGUCUCUGUAUCCUUGCAGACCAUCACGGACACAAGCCCAAUGAAGCGCUCAGCUUCCAGCCUCGGUCAUGGCCGGUCCAAAGGUAUGAGGCUUGACGACUACUCCCUCGAGCGGGUAAUCCCAGAGGAGAACCAGCGACAUCAUCGCCGCCGAGAGAGAGGACAUCGCACCUCUGAGAGGUCACUUAGCAGAUAUACUGAUGCAGACACAGGAUUAGGCACCGACCUCAGCACAACAACUCAGUCGGGAGACUUACCUCCAAAGGAAAAAGACCGGGAGCGUGGUCGGCCAAAGGACAGGAAGCACCAUCACCACCAUCAUCAUCACCAUGGUUCAGUGGAUAAGGACCGCUACCCUCCUGAGCGUCAUGAUUAUGGUGGACAGCGAAUAAGGGAUCGCCGGUGGUCACGCUCUCCCAGUGAAGGCCGAGACUGCAUGCCUCACAGACAG